CAGGGGCAGAGGCCGGUCACAGUGCCACGCGCCGCGGACGGGUCAGCGUAUGUGUGAGCGUGUCCUGAGGUAGUAGCUGUGCAGACUGAGAGGUUCCUGGAGAGAAAUGUCGAUACAGGUGGAGUUGGAUGAUGGCUCUGGAGCUGCCAGAGUUCGUUUCUCGGCUUCUGCUACGAACGGAUCGCCGCCGGGUGCGGAGCCGGUGGGCACGUCUCCUGCUACCUCCGGAGGGCCACUGCUGCGUCCAUCCUCCUCUUCAGCUUCCCUAACAGCACCCACGUCACCCUCUUCACCAGCCGAGCCGCCGCUCUGGUGCCGACUGCCCUCCGUUAUCAACAGCGGCGUCCUCGACAGCCUCAGCAGCGACCAGAGGAAGCUGCGAGAGGCUCUGUUCGAGAUCAUCAGUAAAGAGGAGUCGUAUCACAGCUCCCUUCAGCUAUUAGAGCGUCAUUUCCAGGAGCCACUUCGAGCGCUAAGCCAGAAGCCACCAUCGCCGAAACAGAACGGUCAAAACGGGCAGAAAGCACGGCAGUGCACCUUCAGUGAGACCGAGUAUCGCGAGCUGUUUCAAAACGUUGACGAAGUGCGCCGGUGUUCAGAUGACUUUCUGACUGACCUGUACCAAAUACCCAUGGACGAUCUCUCGGGCCUCUGUGACAUUGUGCACGAACACCUAACCGAGCGGAGCUCACCGCUCGCCGCGCUGCUCUCCCGCCUGGAGAUGUCCCCAGAGGUGCGCGGCCUGGGUCUGGCGGCGCUCCUCCACCUGCCCGUGCAGCACGUGCAGAGGCUGCCCAUGAUGAUGGAAGCUGUGCUGAAGAGGAUGCCACCCGAUCACCCGGAAAGACAGAGCUGUGAGGAGGCGCACCGGGCGCUCACUAAGCUCGUCAAGGAUUGUGACGAGGACGCUGCCCGGGAAGAGGAGAUUGGAGGCGGAGGAGAGUGGCACGGUCGAGCCGGAAAGGGCCGCGAAGGGCCGCCUGUCGUGGCGGCGGAGGGGCAUCACUAG